AUGCGAUUCUCCAAGCUCUUUAUCCUGGCUUCGGCGUCAUUCAGCGUUGUCGCUCGCGACUCGCCACGCACCGUCUCGCCGCCCGAGCUCCAGCUGGUAGAGCUCUUGGAGAAGCACAACCUGGCUCUCGUUCCCAAAUCAGAGCUGACAGACGCAUUGACGGAACUGAAUCUGUUGCUGAAGAACAGCCAGCGGGCGCCAAUACCAGUGCUGCUCAAAAGACAAAACAGCACGUCAGACUCGAGCUCCAGCUCCAGCUCCAGCUCCGAUAGCAGCUCAUCCGAUGGGCUUUUCCAAAUUCCUGGAUUGAGUGGCCUAACAGGUGCUAUUGGCGACCUAACCGACCUCUUGAAGGCUCUUGGAGACCUCCUCACCCCCGAGUUUCUCCAAGCUUUCCACGAUGCCAUGGUGUAUCUGUCUGCAACGCUGCAACCUCCCGCUGCCACGGAGAUUAGGAGUUUACUUUCGAAAGCGGGACCACUUCUGGAUUUGGUAGGAGAAUUGGACCUGAAAGGCCUCGUCGACCAGCUCAAGGAUGUCGAUAUUGCUGGGCUCGUUGGCACAGCCCUCAAGCUUCUAACAGACGACAACCUCACCAACAUCAAGAAUCUGCUAUCGAACGGCGCCGCGCUUCUCACUCCGACAUUUGUCAACGAAACGCAAUCGCUCAUCGGAGAUGCUUCACCUUUGCUCAACCAACUCUCGCCGUUGAUCAAGAAACUCACAGACCUCGACCUUGACGGCAUUCUCGGUGCCUUGGAUCCGCUGCUCAAGAAGGAAGCAAUUGAGGGCGUUGUCAACCUGUUAGGCAAUGCGGAGACCUUGCUCUCACCCAGCUUUGUCAAUGAGACACAAUCACUCGUUAAAGAAGUCUCGCCGCUACUUAGCAAGCUAUCGCCUCUGCUUGGGAAGCUUACGGAUCUUGACCUCGAGGGUAUUAUCACUGCCUUGGACCCGCUUCUGACGAAAGAUUCCAUCGAGGGCAUUGUGACGUUAAUAGGCAAUGCAGGGGAUCUCCUAUCACCCAGCUUUGUCAACCAGACCCAAUCUCUUGUUAAAGACGUUUCGCCUUUGCUCAGCGAGCUCUCACCCUUGCUCAAGAAGAUUACAGGCCUCGACCUUGAGGGUAUUCUCAGCGCCUUGGAUCCUUUGCUCAAGAAGGACUCGAUCGAGGGCAUCGAAAUUGUAUCGCUGGUCGGCAACGCAGGUGAUCUACUGUCGCCCAAAUUUGUCAAUCAGACUCAAUCUCUCAUUGGAGGCAUCGGCCCAGUGCUUGAUGAGCUCAUGCCAUUCCUUAAAGAGCUCACCAAGUUGGAUCUCCAGGACGUCCUAGAAGCGCUUCAACCGUUACUCAAAAAGGACUCUAUUAAUGGGAUCGUGGUCCUACUGAAGAAUGCGGGAGAUCUCUUGACACCAAAGUUUGUGAAUCAAACGCAAGACCUCAUCGCCGGUGCAUCACCCUUGAUUUCCAAACUAUCAGACAUCGAUCUCAAAGGAUUGUUGGAUUCCCUGGCUCCAAUACUCACCAAGGAGUCUAUACAAGGCAUCGCUGAGUUGUUGGAGAACGCGGAACUGCUCUUGACGAAGGACUCCGUCAAGAGUCUGAAGACGCUUAUUUCGACCGCGUCGCCCUUGAUUGAGAAAUUGUCCGACAUUGAUCUCAAGGGAGUUCUAGAUGCCUUGAGCCCGAUUCUCACCAAGGAGUCUAUUCAAGACAUCAUGGGACUCUUACAGAAUGCUGAGUCUCUCCUUACCAAAGAAACCGUCAAGAGCAUAAAAACCCUGCUCUCGAGUGCCAGUCCGCUCAUUGAUAGUCUUUCAAAAAUUGAUCUUCAAGGAGUCCUGACCGCCUUCGCUCCUCUACUUACCAAGGACUCUGUCCAAGGUAUUGUCGGAUUGUUGGAGAAUGCCGAGUCGCUAUUGACUAAAGAUACCGUCAAGAGCAUCAAAUCUCUUCUUUCAAGUGCCGGCCCUCUACUUGACGGUCUUUCGAAUAUUGAUCUCGCAGGAGUGUUUAGCGCUCUAGCUCCGCUACUUACCAAAGACUCUAUUCAGGGUCUUGUCGGACUGCUGAGCAAUGCAGAGUCACUGUUGACCAAGGACACUGUCAAGAGCAUCAAGUCGCUUCUUUCGAGCGCCGGCCCUCUCCUUGAUGGCCUUUCGAAUAUUGAUCUUGAGGGAGUGUUGAACGCUCUCGCUCCAUUACUUACCAAGAGCUCUAUUGAGGGUCUUGUCGGACUGUUAGGCAAUACUGAGUCGCUUUUGACCGAGGAAACCGUAAAGAGCAUCAAGUUGCUUCUUACGAGCGCCAGCCCGUUGCUUAAUACCUUGUCCAAGAUCGACCUUCAAGGAGUGCUUGACUCGUUGGCACCUCUCCUCACCAAGGAAUCCAUCGGAGGGUUGGUCGGAUUGCUCGGCAAUGCUGAGAACCUCUUGUCGAAAACCUUUGUCUCUCAGACAAAAUCUCUCAUCUCCAAGGCUUCUCCCCUCCUGGACAGCCUUGACAAGGCCGACCUUGCAGGCCUGCUUGACCAGAUCUCCCCACUGUUGAAGGAGAUCGGCAAGCUUGAUCUAGAGAGCUUGCUCAGUGCUGUCCGUCCUUUACUCACCUCGGACUCCAUCAAGGGCAUCAUGAGACUACUGGGCAAUGCAGAGGAGUUGCUGACGACCAAAUUCGUCAAUGAAACCCAGACACUGAUCACUGGUGCCGUUCCAUUGGUGUCCGCCUUGGGCGAGGUCGACCUUCCUGAUCUGAUCAAUCUACUAUCUCCUCUGCUGAAGGAGAUCAGCAAGAUCGACCUCGUGAAACUCAUUAAGAAGCUUUCCCCGCUGCUUGAUGAAAUUAGCGACCUUGACAUCAAGGGUCUGUUUGAUGCCAUAUCCCCCCUGCUCUCACCGGAUGGUGUAAAGGGCAUCAUGGGACUGCUCGGGAACGCGGAAGAUCUUCUCACUACCAAAUUUGUGAACCAAACACAGACCCUGAUUGAAGAAGCUCUUCCACUGGUGUCGGCGCUUGGCGAGAUCGACUUGAAGAGUCUGAUACGUCAGCUGCAACCCCUUCUCGAGGCUCUGGGAGAGAUUGACUUCAAGGACUUGAUCAAUAAGGUCAAGCCACUCCUGAAUGCACUCCUGAAAAUCGAUCUCGCAGGUCUGGUCGAGAAGAUUCUUCCAAUUCUGGACGAGUUGGAUAAUAUAGAUCUCAAAGCCCUAUUCGACGUACUAGAACCCUAUUUGACCCCGGAUUACCUGAAAGGUAUAUUCCAACUGGUUGGAAAUGCUGAGAACCUUCUUACAAACACCUUCGUCAAACAAACUCACACGCUUGUGGGAGGUGCCGUACCGCUGAUCGCAGUUCUGAGCAAGAUCGACAUUGAGGGCUUGUUCAAGAUUAUUGAACCGCUACUGAAGGAGCUGGAAGGAAUCGACCUGUCUGGGCUUGUUGAUGCGGUCAAGCCCCUUCUUGCGGCUCUCAAGAAGAUUGAUAUCAAGGGCAUAGUGGACCAAGUCUUGCCAUUGAUUACACCGGCCAGUGUCAAGGGCAUCUUGUCACUUCUUGGCAAUGCUGAAUCUCUCUUAAGUCGGGUUUUUAUAUCGCAAGUUUCGGAACUAAUUGGUGAUGCGACACCGCUCGUUGCGACAGUCGCAGAUCUUGUCCACGCGGUAUUGAAGGAGUUGAUCGGGAAAUCUUAA